AUGGAAAAGAAAGUGAAGCGUCAAGUAAAAGAAAGCAAUGAUGAUAUUCAGAGUGACCAAACAAGAAUUACAAUUUUUGAUAAAAUAGGAAAUGAUUCUCAACAAAAUACAGAAGAAUACGUUGAUCAAAGACAAGAGACAAUAAUAUCAGAGGAUACUAAUGAGACGAUCGAUAACGCUAGCACAAGAGAUCGUAUAUAUGUUGAACAUAACAGAGAAGAAAUAAAUUCAGUAAUUAUGAACGAUGUCAACGAUUUCAAAAAAUCCUCUAAUCCUAUAUUGGGCUAUGUCGACGAACCUUUGCUGCCACUCGUCAAAGCAUGUGCUCCAUUAAACGACAUCCUUCACGAUUUGUCGAAGUAUGUUCAGUUGGCAUUAAAUGAAACUCCAGAAGAACCACUUGAUAAUUUGACAAUUGACGAAAGUGCUGCAAUUCGACUCUAUACGAUUGAAUGGAAUGCACCACAUCGAAGUCUCUAUUCAAUGCUCAAUCAUACUUUGAAAACAGGUACUCGAGAAGAUGUUCGACCUUACUUCAAAUAUCUUAAACUAUUCUUAACUGCUGUGAUUAAACUACCAUGCCUUCCACAAUUGACUGUCUGGCGAGGAGUAACCAGAAAUUUGAGGGCAGAGUUUCCACCUGGUACAUUAGUAACAUGGUGGCCAUUUUCAUCAUGCACAACAUCACUAACCGUGCUCCAAAACAAUAUGUAUUUGGGUAUUUCAGGUGAUCGAACGCUCUUUUCCGUCGAAGUCAUCAAUGGUCGAUCAAUAAAUGGUCAUUCACAUUUUGUCACCGAAGAUGAAGUUCUUCUUCUUCCUGGUACUCACAUGGAAGAUCAAUCGCAAGUGAGUCCAGCACCUGAGCUUUAUAUUGUUCAUUUGAAACAAUUAAUACCGGAAGAAGUGCUAUUAGAACCACCUUUCGAAGGUAUUGCAAAUGUUUUGAGUUAUUUAUUUUACAUUAAAGUAUUAUUUUUAUGUUUAGGUGCACGUAUUUUUCCAAAAAUUAAGCGAUCAUGGUAUCGUAAGAAGAGAUAUAUCAUUCCAAUCUGCUUCUUGAUGGCUAUAUUCAUUGGUGGAGCUAUUAUUGGUGCUGUUGUAGGAUCAAAACUUGCUGCUAACAAGAAAGGUAGAUAA